AUGGUAAAGAUCGAGGCAUUCACGGUCGAACAGUGGAUGGGGAAGUACGAGACCACGGCUACAUACAACAUCGCGGAAACCUGCUGCGCGCCCAUCUCAAUCAAUAAUCUCAGGGAACUUUCUGACGAUAAGGACACCGACCUAUGGGAUCAGCUCCAGUCGUCCACAAUCGGCUACGGGACGGUUCCUGGCUCCGAUCGAUUACGAGGAAAUCUGGCUACCUUGUACUCAGCUGAAGCACCAAAUCCCCUACCGAAAGAAAAUGUGUUGAUCACGGGAGGCGCGAUUCUGGCGAACUUCCUACUACUAUAUACACUGAUUGGGCCGGGAGAUCAUGUCAUUUGCCAUUACCCAACCUAUCAGCAGCUGUACUCUGUUCCUGUAUCUCUGGGGGCCGAGGUCAGUCUUUGGCACUCCAAAGAGGACGAUGGCUGGCAGCUGGAUAUCGAGGAUCUAAAAAGGCUCAUUCGCCCAAACACCAAAAUGAUCAUCAUUAACAAUCCUCAGAAUCCUACAGGAGCCAUUGUUCCGCGUGAGACUCUCCAGAGCUUGGUCGAUAUUGCUCGCAAGUCUGCUAUCACCCUCUUGUCCGACGAAGUCUACCGUCCCCUUUUCCAGGAUACGAGCGCCGCUCCCCCGUCCCUUCUUUCCUUUGGUUACGAACAAACCAUAGUAACGGGAUCUGUCUCUAAAGCGUUCAGUCUAGCGGGGCUGCGCAUAGGUUGGAUCGCAUCACUGGAUAAAUCGAUCAUCGACGCUUGCGCUGCGUCUCGGGAUUACACCACAAUUACCGUCGGCCUGAUCGACGAUAAAAUUGCUAGCUUUGCUCUAGCUCCGGAGUGCGUGCACAAUCUGCUCAAGCGGAACCUUGGGCUUGCCCGGACAAACCUUGAGAUACUAGAGAAAUUCAUACAUUCGCACCGAUGGGCUUGUGACUGGGUUAAACCUCGUGCGGGCACCACGGCGUUCGUUCGCUUCAAGAAGAAGGGUGAGCCGGUAGACGACUCCGUCCUCUGUGAAAAGCUUCUUGAAAGGACAGGGGUCAUGGUUGUCCCUGGGAGCUUUUGCUUCGGUCGUGACCAGGAUUUCCGGGGCUAUGUUCGCAUGGGGUACGUUUGUCAGACGAAAACACUCGAGAUCGGACUGGAGCGUUUAAGCCAAUUCUUGAAUGACGGUUAUGAAGAGGUGCCAGUGUCAAAGAAGGUACCCGUGGAAUAUUAA